AUGCCUCCGCGGAAGCGGUAUCUUGAAUAUGGAGCCGACAUAGCAGACCUACCAUACACAACGAAAAAAAGGUCUUUUGACGAGCGCGAAACGGACCUGCAAGCGCCUGACGAGACCGAUGAGUGCACGCCUGCCGAGAGCGACGACUUAUUGCCUGCCGAAAGAGAUGGCGGCUCGUCUGCUGAAAGCGACGACCACUCUGUGCCUGCCGAAAGCGACGACCACUCUGUGCCUGCCGAAAGCGACGACGACUCUGCACCCGCCGAAAGCGAUGACUCGCUUGCGUCAAGUCCUAGUGCUACCCGCGCCACACCACCGCCGCCAACACCACAACCCGGCGGCUCUCCAGGAACUCGGCAAGAACCGCAAGAGGAGGCCGAGCUAACCGCCAAUGACCUGUUAGCGCUAUCCGUGGGCUUCAUCAUAGAGUUCGGACUCCCGUGGAAGGCGGUCGAAACUCUACAGAAGAUGAUGUCCUACGUUCUGAAAAGAUGCGACGUGCCGGCAACCAAGUACUUGUUUAAAAAGAACGCCGGUAUCACUGUUGAGACUGCCAAGUUUCAUUUUUACUGCAACGACUGCAAAAGACUAGUCGCCUCCACAUCGGGUCGCCUUGCUGACCGCAACGCAGUUCAGGCCCCCUGCCCCAACUGCGGCAAACUCUGUGAUGGUCGGCAGAUGUUGAUUGACGGCCACUUUUUUUUGAGCAUGCCGAUCCGGAAACAGAUAACAGAGUUGCUUUCGAGAGAAGAAAUUUCUAGUGCUCUAACUAAGCGCCUGCAAGAAAUAGAUGCUCACCACGACAAUGGCAGUGAUGGGAUGUCGGAUAUUUCCGACGGUGACGCAUACAAAGCCGUCCGGGAAAAGAUGGAUUUGCACGAUUUAACGCUGACCAUCAAUUCCGACGGAAGUCCGCUUUUCAAUUCCUCCAAAUACUCGAUAUGGCCGGUGCAAGUGAUGAUCAACGAACUUCCGCCACACCUCCGGCACAAGAAUGUCCUCGUCACCAUGCUGUGGUAUGGACAGACCCAUCCCGACAUGCCACUACUGCUGACGGCCUUCGUUGAUCAAAUGGAAGACUUAUCUUGUGAGGGAAUUACCUGGGAGGCAGGCACAAGAACUGUUUGUUCAAAGAUCCAUUGCUUCAGCUGCUGCGCUGAUGCCCCUGCCAGGGCAAUUAUGCAAAAUAUGUUGCAGUAUAAUGGGCACUACGGGUGUGGAUGGUGCCUGCACCCUGGAACUGUCAUCAAUGGAACUGUCAAGUACACUGUUGAUGAAGUGGUGGAGGACAGGGACACGGACCGGACCCUGGCACUGAUGAAGAGAGCGGCUGCCAGCGACAAGCCCAUCAAAGGCGUAAAGGGUCCAACACCCCUCAUGAAUCUCCCCAGAUUUGACGUAAUCUGGGGAUUUACACCAGAUUAUAUGCAUUGUGUUUUGCUCGGCACAACGCGGCAGCUCACAGAGCUGUGGCUGACCAGCGUGGGAGAGGAUUUCUACAUUGGCUGUCCAGCACUUUUUGAUGCACUUGAUCAGAGGCUGCUUAGUAUGAAACCACCAUCAUGCUUCCACAGACUGCAACGGUCGCUUUCCGUACGGAAGUACUGGAAAGCGACCGAAUGGCAGCAGUGGCUGCUGUGCUUUUCUUUACCAUGCUUGGAUGGCAUACUGCAUUCAAAGUUUUUGUGUCACUUUGCCUUACUAGUAAAAGGUAUUUAUCUUUUGCUGCAAGACAAUGUCACCAAGGGUGAUGUCACAGAGAGCAUCAAUUGUCUCGUGAAGUUUGUUGUUGAUGUCCAGGUGCUUUAUGAUGAGAAGCAGAUGACAUUCAACAUCCACCAGAUGCUACACCUGUCCAAAAGUGUGCUGCACCAAGGCCCACUGUGGGCACAUUCUUGUUUUGCCUUUGAAUCAAAUAUUGGCCAGGUGAAGGAGCUUGUUACAUCGGCCAAGGGUGUGCCAUUGCAAAUUGUGGAGCGCCUUAUGAUGAGAAGUUUGUUUCCUGGCCUAAAAGCCUUAGCUUGUCCUGAGACACAGUCAUUUUUAAGUGGAGGCAGCGUCUCAAAUCGAGGGACUGUCGCACCACUUGGCAAGCCACGGCAAGUGCCACUACCACUUUUGGAGUUGGCCCAGAGCCAGAUUGGACAUAUUAUAAGCGGUCAAGUGAUGGAGCAUGAUAGGGUUGCGGUGUCCCAGUUUGUGUUCCAUAGUGAGCAGUAUGGAAGACCGAACAAAACUGACUGCACAGCUGCAAUCUUACCAUCCAAAGUGUACAUAAAAAUUAAGCACUUGCUGUCUUUUCAGGACACAAAUGGACAGGCCAAGAUUUUUGCCGUGUCACCUAGAUUUGUAACAACACCUGUUCAAAAAUGCACUCACAUAGUGAAAGCGCGCCAGGUGCCUCCUGGACAUGCUGCCAGUAAUCUACUUGUUGAAAUAGCGCCUGGUGUUGUGCCCUGUGUAUACAUGCACACUGGGGCGAAUAGCUACUUUGUGUCUUUAGCCUUUAAGGCUCUUUUUAGAAGUGAGUAAGCUGGGUCCCUCUU